AUGAAUGGACCGCGAAAUCAAUCUCACGAAAUCUUGGAUAUAACUACGGGUGGUCGUGGUUACUGCUCACGCAGACAUCGGGUCUUUGGUGGCAUAUAUUUGUGUAAAUUUGCCACCGUUCUGGAAGAGAAUAACCGUGAUAAGACGUUGCGUACAUCGCCUCAUCAGCUUCAGACUGCAGCUGGUUUGAAAAUAUUUUGCGCAAAACACCAUUCUAGCAUCAUGCUCCUCUCGCCGGAAUGGAAGCAAUCCUUGAGCACUGCAAUAGACCAGUUAUCUGCACUUCUCAAUGACUCUCAAAAGCCGAAUGUGAUUAUCCUCAGACACAACGAGAAGCACUUGCUAUAUUGGGCUGUCAAACGGUUCAAUGCGUAUCUGUUCACUAUUGCUAUUGAUAAUGACGCCUUAUUUCUUACAUCAUCCUCCAAAAUAACUAGUGGAGCUAUUUGCCGCUAUCGUGCAACGGUGGAUUCGUUCAACUACACGAUUAUUCAUCGUAAUGCAAAAGGUUGUGAGUUGGCGACAAUUAAUCUGUGCGGGCGGGUUCAGGUCAUGUGA